UUCUGGUGGUUUUUCAUCCUCCCAUAAGCUUCACGGUUGUAGGAAGCACCUCAGUACCUAAUUCACAUGUAGAGUUGUUCCUAGGAUUUACCUAACUGAAAGGUAGUUUUUGACAAUGGAGUUGAUUAGGCUAGGCUGCCCAAUUGUGUGCACGUAGACGUCAAUGUCAUUCUGGUUGUGCUGCACAAGUUUGGGCAGUCUUUAUGUUAUUCUUGCAAGCAAAAUUCAGCAAGUACUGGUCAAUGGUUGCUACCUUUUAUGUUUCAGCUCCUAUAUAUGUGACCCCUGACCUGGGCUCUUUGAUACCUUGGUUUCGACGAGAGAAAUACCUUGUUUCAUCAAGUCAUUUAUUCUUCCUGCUAAUGCUGGCAAGUUUUGGACACGAAAAGCAGUAUUGCUCAGAUACUCCUGUGUGCUGAACUGUUUGAAUAUCUGAUAUGGAUGAAGCCAUGGGAAGGCGAACAGCCAGUGGCCUUCUUGUCACCAAAGGAGGCUCAAUUCUUCUCUUCAGGGAGGAAAGUCCGCACCACAAGGCCAGUGCAUGUUGUACACGACUUGGAUGCAGCAGUAAGCUUUUCCCGAACAAAGACAGGAAGAUGCACAAGACAACUAAGGAAACAUCAGGUCCUCAGAGAUCACAUGUUUUGAGGAAAUCCAACAGGAUGUCCCCUCAAGGAAGUAUUUCUUAUGAUGGAAACACCAGCAGGAAUGCAGCAAGUACUUUUAGUGAGGCUGGUAAUAAACCAAGAAGAAGAGAAAAUGCCGGACGUGAUCUACUUGCCCGGUUGAAAGAAAGGGUCAAUGCAUCAAGAAAGCGCUCGUUCAGUGGAGGGAGUAGUCCCUGCCUAUCACCAUCAAACACAUCCAACUCUGGUUCCUUAAGCAGUAGCCGAUCAAUUUCAAGAUCGCUAUGUCGGCCAGCCUCGAGAAUGAGAAAGGAUGGAGGAAGAGUUGCCGAAGCUGUUAGGAUGCAUAGAACCAGAGACAGUAGUGGAACUACUAGGGAAGAUGUGCCAAGAAACUCCAACCAAGAUCCGUCAGGCAGGUUUCUUUCUCGAAGCUUGUUCAGACACAGGAGUGGAAUUCAGAGAGGUCCAGUAUCUUCAUUGGAGGAUAGUUUGGAUGAUUCCAAUGAAUACUGGCGCUUUGAUAUGGAUGAAAGUGCAGAGGUUGAAGAUUACUAUGUCUUUAACGAUCAGCAUAGGGGAAUGAGAAUGGACAUUGAUGACAUGUCUUAUGAGGAAUUACUUGCUCUUGGGGAGAGAAUCGGUACUGUAAGCACUGGCCUUUCAGAUGGUGCACUUUCUGAGUGUUUGAAGAGAAGCAUCUAUGUGCCCACAACUUCAACAAUCCAUGAAGAUGGUGACCUCAAAUGCAUCAUAUGUCAGGAGGAGUAUUUUUCUGGUGUGGAAGUGGCCAAGAUGGCAUGCAAGCACUACUACCAUGUCACUUGCAUUCAACAGUGGCUUGGGCAAAAGAACUGGUGCCCGAUCUGUAAAUCCUUCGCUUCUUCUGUCAGCUCAUAGAGUUCUUACAGAAACAUAUAGUUUCAUUAUAUUUACAUAGGACUACGCUGUAUCUUUUUGUUUCUAGAAUGAAUCAUUCCUUUCAACCCCAAACUGUCCAUCUCGAUCAAUUCAUACUCAGUCAAAGCAAGCUAAAUGUAGCAGGAAAAUAAGUCCGAGCAGAAAGGGUUUUUCUCAGUUUUGAUAUUGAAGAAAGAAGUCUGUUAAAGUCCGGCUUUCUCUGUUUUUCAUAGAAACACGAAGAAUUCUUCACUUAUUGUGCAAUAUCUGGUUGCCAUUUGCAUA